AUGACAAAGUCCAGCCUAAGGCAGUUGGUGAAGGAAGAACACCAAUUGCAGUCAGCAUUCUGUGCAGUGCGAGUGAAGAUUGAUGUGCUGUUAGACGAAACUGGUGAGGACUACGAAAGUGCUGGUGAUGAAGAAGGUGCUGGUAGUGUGAAGUCUAUUCCUCCCCGCACAGACAGUGCCCGUACCUACAAGGAUUUCGAGAAUUCAUACUUUCGACUGAAGUCAGCACUGUCUGCAAAACGACCCCGAACCCAACUAGGAGUUGUGGAGCGUCAACCUGCGGUCGUGGGUGUUCAGCCAUCACGAUUGAAGUACCCGGAGCUGAAGUUACCGUCGUUUUCCGGAAAGCUGCAGAACUGGAUCAACUUUCGCGAUAAUUUCCGAUCGCUGAUUCACGACAACGCUGAGCUGAGUCCCAUCGACAAGUUUAAUUACUUGCGAGCUUCGUUGAGAGAUGAUGCGCUACUGCAGAUCAACCAAGUUCAAGUGAGCGCUGCAUCGUACCCUAGUGCCUGGGGAAUCCUCGAAGCGAAGUAUGAGAAUCAUAAGCUGAUUGCUCAUGAGCACCUGAAAGCGCUGUUCUCAGUUCCGUCAAUGAAGUCGGAGUCUUUCGAAGCACUGAACGUUGUCCUAACGACGUUCAAGGUCAAUCUACAGCAGUUGGAGAAGCUUGGCGAGAACACCAACAAUUGGAGCACUAUUCUGGCGUUCAUGCUAUCGCAGAAGCUAGAUACCGCUACGCUCCGCCAAUGGGAGACUCAUCAUGGGUCCAAGGACAUCCCGCGAUAUGACGCCUUGCUAGACUUUCUGGAUAAGCAUUGCGCGAUUCUGCAGUCUACGUCAACACGGAGUGGAUUCGAGCAAAAACGUCCGUUCAAGAGCUCAGCUGUUCACACACUAGUGUCAUCAGCUACCAGCAGUUGUCAGAUCUGCAACGGUGGACAGCAUAGCGUUGAGCAGUGUCGUCGCUUCAGCAAGAUGCGAGUGGUGGACAGAAAGCUGGCGAUUCGAAGACUUGGGCUCUGUCUGAAUUGCCUGUCGUCCGGUCACUUCGUGGCAGAUUGUUCCAGACGUACGUGUUCCAAGUGUGGUCAACGUCAUCAUUACCUGCUACAUCCGUAUUCUCCACCCACUUCUACCCCUCAGAAUCCGACUCCGAAUACCCCGAACAGGCCUCAAGCCGCGAACGCGAACACAAAUGCUCAAACACAGUCUCGUCCUCAGUCUCAAGGACAUCAAUCGCAAUUGAAUUCUCAAGGCCAAUCCCGGAUGAAUAAUACUCAAACAAAUCCACAAACACCUCCCGUCCAAAACACUUCUCCGCCACAUACACGACAGUCACCUCCCACAAAUACACCGACUACUUCUCACCACACUGCUACUUCACACAACACUCGAAGUCAGCGAACUACUACACUUCUGUCAACCGCGCUCGUGAAGCUCGCCGAUCGCUUCGGAAACACAGUCAUUGCUCGUGCGUUGCUGGAUAACAGUUCGCAGAUAUGUAUGAUCACGGAGAACCUGUCUCAGCGGUUAAACUUCAAGCGGUUCCAUGAAAAUCUACCGGUGAAUGGUGUUGGUGGUGUUUCAUCGGUGUCCAAACAGUCAGUGUUGGCGAGAAUUCUGUCACGUUGCUCGUCGUUCGAAACUGAGGAAGUGAAAUUCUACGUGCUGCCUCGGAUAACGUUGAAUCUGCCGCAGCAAAGCUUCGACAUCAGUACUUGGAAGCUGCCGUCCGACAUCUGUUUCGCUGAUCCAGGCUUCCAUGAGUCCAGUGCCGUAGAUGCAAUCCUUGGCGUGUCUGUUUUCUACGAUUUGCUGAUGGGAGAGCAGAAAAGGCUCUCGGAAUCUGGUCCGAUAUUGUGUAACACAAAACUCGGAUGGAUAGUGGCCGGAGAGAUUCCAGAAACUCCUGUCACAACCCUCAGUGCAGUCACCGCUUCAGUUUCCACCGAAGAGAUCCACGAGCAGUUAUCACGCUUUUGGGAACUGGAAUCCUGUCGAACGAAGAGCUGUCUUUCCAUCGAGGAGUCUACGUGUGAGUCGAUCUUCGAGCAGACAACGACGAGAGGUCCUGAUGGCAAGUUUAGGGUAGUGUUGCCGAAGAAGGAGUAUGCGUUGAAGCAGUUAGGCGAGUCCAAGGCGAUUGCUACCAAGCGGUUCAUGGGAUUAGAACGUCGCUUGAACGCGAACCCGGAAAUGAAGGCUCUGUACACAGAAUUCAUCCACGAGUAUCUGCUGAUGGGCCAUAUGCGAAAAGUCCGUGACGACGAGGAAGAACCGAAACACAGUUACUAUUUGCCGCAUCAUGCAGUCCUGAAACCUGACAGUACCACGACGAAGCUCAGAAGCGACCUCUUGUCCAUUCUCAUUCGCUUCCGACUCCAACAAUAUGCGAUCGUCGCUGAUGUGGAGAAGAUGUAUCGCAUGAUCAACGUAGUCGAAGAGGAUCAACCGCUGCAGAGGAUUCUUUGGCGAGAGUCCGUAGAUGAGCCACUCCGAACGUACCAGCUGACGACCGUGACCUACGGUACUUCUGCCGCACCGUAUCUAGCAACACGGAGCUUGAAGCGAUGCGCAGAGGAGGGAGAGCAGACGAAUCCCCCCGCAGCCAAAGUCAUCAAGAAGGAUUUCUACGUCGACGACAUGCUAACUGGAGCGAAGUCUGUGAAGGAAGGAAUACGGUUGUGCAAGGAUGUCCUCCCAACAAACAUUUGUGCUCCUGCGAUCCUGAAGAGCAUUCCAAGUCAUCUGCGUGACGAGCGAGAGCUGCUGGAUAUUGACGCGACAGCUACAGUAAAUACCCUCGGCUUAACCUGGGAACCGGCGACAGACUUGUACUGGUUCAAAACACCACGCUGGAGCCCGAAGCUUCCAGUGACACAGCGUAUCGUACUGUCUGAUUCCGCACGUUUAUUCGAUCCGUAUGGCUUAGUAGGGCCAGUGAUCGUGCAGGCGAAGAUAUUUCUCCAAGAACUUUGGAAACGGAAGUAUUCUUGGGAUGAACCGUUGAGCGCAGAUCUGCAAUCACAGUGGCUCGAGUUCAGAACGAACUUGGAUCGAAUCGAUGCAGUUUCCGUACCCCGCUGGAUCGCAUUCAGCGAUAAUGUGAUAUCAUGCGAACUACACGGAUUCUGUGACGCCUCAGAAAAGGCGUACGGAGCAGCAAUAUACCUACGUUGCGUUGCACAAGACGGAAAGGUAACAGUUCGACUGGUGAUGGCUAAGUCCAAGGUAGCUCCGUUGGAAGAUUUGAGCAAGAAGAAGAAGAGGCAGUCGAUACCCCGAUUGGAAUUGUCUUCAGCACUCCUAUUGGCGCACUUGUACGAGACAGUAGCAGAGAGUAUCCAGAUCCCAGCGAAGACAUUCUUCUGGACUGACUCGACUAUCGUGAAGUGUUGGCUUUCGUCCCAUCCAUCCAGAUGGCAAGCGUUCGUCUCCAACAGAGUGUCUGAGAUCCAGCAUAUCACUAGAGAAGGCGUAUGGAACCACGUGCCUGGCGUCGAGAACCCGGCAGACGUAAUAUCUCGAGGUGUAACACCGCUGCAGCUUGCCGAAUGUUCAAUCUGGUGGAAUGGACCGACAUGGCUCCAAGAAGACCCGAGUGCUUGGCCGAAGAUGAGUAGCAGCCCAGAGCAACAGUAUGAUUCAGUAACGUUGGAGGAAAAACCGCUAGUGACAGCAGCACUGCAGAUGCUACCGCCCAGUGAGAUCUUCAUCCGCUAUUCGUCUUUGUUGAAGCUAGUUCGAUCAACUGCCUGGAUACUUCGUUUUGCCAACAACUGCAGAACUAGAAACCGAGCCUGCAGACGAAGUGAAGUCCUGAACGCGAAAGAACACGAAGAAGCUUUGAUCGCAUUAGUGAAGCUGGCGCAGUCAGAGUGUUUCCCAGUGGAAUUGGCAGAUCUAGCAGCGAAGGAACAAGUGAAACCCAGUUCGAGAUUGCAUACGAAGGAUCCGUGUCUGCGAGAUGGAUUAAUACGUGUUGGCGGAAGACUUCGCCAUGCUCCAGUGUCGUUCAGCAGAAAGCAUCCGAUUGUGCUGGACAGCAAUCAUCCGCUGACGAAGCUGAUAAUAGUUGACUACCAUCACAGACUGCUCCACGGAGGAGCGCAGCUGAUGCUAUCCUGUAUGAAGGAGAGGUUCUGGCCGCUAUCAGGAAGGAACCUAGCGCGGAAGGUAGUGCACGAAUGCGUAACCUGCUUCAGAGCUCGUCCACGAGCCCACGAACAGUUGAUGGGGGAUCUGCCGAUGGAACGAGUGACUCCUGCUCCUGUUUUUCUUCGCGUCGGAGUCGACUACUGUGGUCCGUUCAACGUUCGUCAAGCGUCUCGUAAGGCAGCGCCAAUCAAAUGCUACCUGUGCGUGUUCGUCUGCCUGGUAGUGAAGGCGGUGCACAUAGAGAUGGUAGCAGAUCUCACUACGGAAGCGUUCAUGGCGGCAUUGAGACGAUUCGUGUCGCGGCGUGGAAAGCCAGAAGUGAUCUUCUGCGACAGCGCUACGAACUUCGUAGGAGCGCGUCGAGAAAUCAGUGAAUUGCAUCGUCUGUUCCGAGCCGAACAGUUCCAGAACGCAGUUGUGACGGAAGCAGCCAGCAAUUCGAUCGAGUUUAAGUUCAUUCCUGCGAAAUCGCCGAACUUCGGCGGAUUAUGGGAAGCGGCCGUAAAGUCUCUGAAAGGCCACAUGCGUAGUGUGAUAGGGAAUACCGUACUCCGUCCGGACGAACUGCUGACUGUUGUUACGCAGAUCGAGGCAUGUCUGAAUUCGAGACCGAUCACUCCGAUUAGCAACGACCAUCGAGACCUGGAAGCAUUGACCCCCGGACACUUUUUGGUGCAGCGUCCGCUAACAGCGAUUCCGGAGCCGAGUCUGGAGGACAUCCCGGAUAACCGACUGAGCAGAUGGUGCUUAGUUCAGCGUUACAGUCAGAUACUGUGGAAGCGAUGGUCUACGGACUAUUUGUCAGAUCUCCACAACCGCAACAAGUGGACGCGAAGAAGGGACAACCUGCAUAUCGGAACAAUGGUGUUACUGAAGGAGGAUAAACUGCCGCCGCUGCAGUGGCAGCUUGUACGCAUUACGGAGAUUCACCCGGGAGCAGAUGGUAUCAUCAGGGUGGUUACCGUUCGUACGCAGCAAGGAACAUUUCGUCGAGGAAUCCAGAAGAUAUGCAUCCUACCGAUUCAGGACAAUCAACAGCAGGUCGAGGAAGCACAGUAGUUCAGCAUCAGAACAUCAGUCCGCCAAGUAGAAUAAGUAUUUCCGCCCCCGUUGGGGCACUUUAGGCAGCAGGCGGCACCAUUUCGCCGUUGAUGUCUGGGGGCGACUCUCAAGUUACGUUCAUCCUGUUUUCGUAUUUUGUUGGAACCUACCGCUUUGCUUUCCAUCGCUAGGGAUAUGAACACCAACUGUCUCCACGGUCGUCGCCGCAGCCCAGACGAUCCAUUUGAUGUGAUGCUUCUACCGUUCCUGUUACCUGCUCAGAAAAACACCAGGCUAAGUACGCCCCCAUAUGGGGCAACUGUCGGCAUUUUGCGGUGCUUUAUUACCGCUACGCCACGGGGGCGACGUAUAAGUUACGUUGAUCCGCUUUAGUGUUUCUUCUGGAUCCCAAUCGCCUCGUAUCUUCGACAGAUCAUCCGCAUCCUCGUUCAUCGCUAGUCAUCAGUAUUCUCUAGCCCGAGAGAGAUGCCCGGACAUUCAUCCAAUGUACGGUCUACCGUUUUCAUCAGUUCAACGUGCCAGCAGCUAGGAGCUGUGCUUCAGCUAAGUAUUCAUUGCCCCCACGGGGCAACUUUGGCAAGCUUUGGACAUUCCGUCCGUUUAUCGCCAGGGGGCCGACCGUUAAGCAUCGAACCGUCAGAUACCGCAGUCGCCAGUGGCUAGUUCCAAUUCUACCGGACGUUGACAUCAGUGCACGGAUUCAUCGUCUACGUGAUGCGGACAUCGUCAUCAGUGACCAGCCGUAGAAGGACCAACCGAUCC